AUGCUCAAGCGAGUAUUGUAUCGUCUUCUUUGCAAGGAUUCCGAGAAAAAUGGAUUCACUUUUAUUGAUAUUCUUUGGACUUUUAUCGGCUGUUUUAAAUUACUGUUCAGCGGGAGUAAUUCCUUCUGCAUCAGUUGCAGUACCAUCAUCAAUUGGAAUUGAAUAUUCAAAAGCGGUGCCCUAUAAUGUGCCACCGCACACUUCUAGAAUUGACAUUAAUAGUAAAAUUAUUUCUCCACCAUGGUUGGCUGCAGGUUCCAUAUUUGGUGCAUCUCCAUUUGCAGUAACUGCUCCUUUUGCAGCAUCACAAGUUGUUGCUGCUCCUGCACAUCCUGCACCUAUAACGGCAGCAUAUCCUGCAGUGGCGACCACACCAAUUGUCACUGGACCAAUUUUCGAAUCACCCUUUUCAUAUCCAACUUUUCCUUCUUAUGAUCCUACUACCAUUUUCGGUUUUUUUAUGGCUGCUGUAGUGGCGUUUGGAUAUGCUCAUCCUGGAGUUUUAGCGCCAAUAAUUGGCACCCACGCGACUACUUACAACGCUCAUGCAAUUAAUCAUGCAUAUAGCGUACCAGCAGCCAUUGCUGCCCCAGUACCGGCAUAUUAUUCAUAUCCAUAUUCAGGAUAUUAUAAUCAAUUCAUUUCUGCACGUCGCUAAUUUCAUUAUUUUAGAAUUGUCAUUUUUUUUUUCAAAAACAAAAAAAAAAAAUUGAAAAAUAAAUUUUAUUUUAUAAAUAA